AUGAAGCCAUCAGAAGGGGAGUCUUAUGCGCGCAUUGCUGCUGUCAAGCUUCAGUCAACCUUCUGCGUUGAGCCUCCCGGAGACACCAUCACGCGCAAGAGCCUGGUCGACUCCAUCGUCCUUGGCUGCAUUCCAGUGGUUUUUGCACAUCAGGAGCUGGACAUGUUCGAGCCGUUCCUGACUGCACAGCAAUUCCGCGCAAUAGCCUACUUCGUACCGGAGGCGGAGGUCGUGGGCUCGGAGCAGCAAAUUUCGAUUUGGGGCUUCGGCACCUUUGGGGGCAGAAAGCAGAGUGUGAACAAGAAGCUCAAACUCCUCAGGGAGCUCUACCCCGAGUAUGCGGAGCUUCUUUCAGCACUGCAUCCGCGCUUCUCGGAGACGAAGCGUCUGGAAAAUGUGAAGAGGCUAUUCCCUUCGCCGACGCCGAUGUUGGACAUCCUCCUGCGCGUGACGGAGGACGAGGUACGGAAGAAGCAGGAAGUGCUGGCCCAGGUUGCCCAUCGGCUCGUAAUUGGCCUGGACGACUCCAGCGAGGAUGCUGUGCGCAUCCUACUGGACAAGAUCGUUUCUAAUGACCAGCUCGCUCUUCGCAUGGCGCAGGAGAGUCCCAUGUAA